GUUUUAAGGUCACGUGGUCUGAUCGGUCGGACAGAUUCGGAUCAAUGCGCAUGUUUACAUUAAUACUUGUAGGUUCGCAUAUAUAGGUUUAACGCGAGAGAAAGAAACACGAUAAAAUGUACAGAAUUCUGCUUCCGAUCGUCCUAAUUACAACUUGUUAUGGUGAUGAUCAACUAUACAGGUGCCCCUCGAACCUGCCGAGGAACGCCUACCUCAAAACAUUCGGAGAGAGAUGUUACCAGUUUAACAAUGUAGAAAUAUAUUGGUAUACGGCCAGGGACACGUGUUCAUCACGCGGGGGAAUGUUGGUCCAAAUCCGGACUGCGGAAAUCCAGCAGUUUGUCGUCAAUACUCUUAGCAGUCUACACUGGAACCGGAACGGGGUGUGGAUAGGCGCACACGACCUUGACGAUGAAGGUCAUUGGAAAUGGGUUGAAGGGCAUCCUUUAACCUACACUAACUGGGCCCCGGAUCAGCCUGGAGGUUGCACCCUCUUUUACUGUGGGGAGGACUGCGCAUGUCUAAGGAGAGAUGACUAUAAUCGUUGGCACGAUUAUCCCUGUGAUGUGCCUGGGUACACUUAUUCUUUUGUUUGUGAAUUCUAUAUGGGUCCUGCCACAACAACAACGACGACAACAACAACAACGACGACAACAACAACACCUAAACCAACAACAACACCCACCACCACCACCACGCCUACCACUACAACCACGCCUACCACUACAACGACCGCGUCAACUUCAACAAGCACCUCCCUCUCGACCACCAGCACGCCUCCAGCUACAAGUGAUUCCGGAGAUCCGCCAGUUCUGCUAGAUACCAUGAUUUACGCCAUCAAACAGAAUUCAGAAAAACAGCUGAAUGGUGGUGAAAUAGCCGGGAUUGUGAUGUCACUGCUGUUGUUGGCGUUUAUUGGAGGGUUCGUCUGCGCCGUGUUAGUGGUCAGGAAAAGGCGUAAGGAUUCUCCAGAACAAGACUAUACGGUCACAUUUGAUAAUGUCACCUACGUAAUUCGGGCCCUGAACCCCUUUCACCGCGUUGAAACUCCUAGCAGACAACAUUUAGUGUUGAACGGCACAAUCGGUGAACCACCACCUCAAUACGAGGAAAUCGACAACCAACGAAACAGUGCCUGUGUACGUCACAGUGAGCGUCAUCAGAACCAUUACGACACAGCUGACGUCAUACCAAAGAAAUAUGGUCCCACGAUGGAUAUGGAAACGUGCACGAAAACUGUGGAUUGUGAGAAAGCUAUGCCACCGGCCUAUGAGGCUAGCUGUGAAAAGAAAUUGAAUGUGUAUGAUGUUCCAGAUGAAGUGAACAUUCCAAAAGAAGAACAGCCGUAUCACGAAAUCUCGCUUCCACAACGAAGUUUCAUCAAUACCAACUUUUACAACCUGUCGGACGAUGACAGCAAUGGCUACGAGACGCCGAUAGGGUAUGCCGGCCAAAAUGACAAUUACGUUGACACCGAUGUUCAGACGACAGAGAGUGCCAGCUACGAUAAUACGUUAUAUGGCGUAUCUGAUGCCUAAUCCCAUCGUGUCAGAAAUGUUCACUCAAUGUCCACUUCCUGUUAUGGAGCCCCGAACAAAAUGCAGAAACUCUUAAUUGUUACAGAGCGGGUGCACUUGAUAUAACCUAAGAUUGUAUCUAGAUAAACAAAUGAAGCAAUUCCAAAGGAGAUGUAAAGACAAGUGAUUUAAAAUUCAUUUACCAUUUGGCUCUAAGGGCCACUAAAUAAAUCUUUCUUCAUACUUCCUGAAUCCGUGCCAAAAACUUGAUCUGAUACAUAUCAAGUGGGUUACUUUGAUCCACUGUAUGAAAAAAAGUGAUUGUUUGCUAUAUUUAUGAAGAAAACAAUAAAAGCGUUUUCCAAAUA